AAAUACAAGCAAGUGAGCAUCCAUCCAACAGUAAGCUACAAAGGCUAACACCUUCAUUGUCAUUUGUCAAGUAAGCAAAGCUGCGCUCGGACCCAAUCAAACCCAAAGAAAGCAAGGACUUCCCGGGCCGUCCAUGGCCACCUACCCCCUCCUCCUCCUCGCCCUCUUGGCCGCCGUCGCCGUAGCCGCGGCGUCGUCGUCGGCGGAGGACACGCCAACGGCGUACGAGAUGCUGGAGCGGUACGACUUCCCGCGGGGCAUCCUGCCGGAGGGGGUGGAGGGGUACGAGCUCGGCCCGGACGGCGGCUUCGAGGUGUACUUCCCGCGGGAGUGCGAGUUCCUGCUGGCGAAGCAGUGGCUGGUCAGGUACGACGCCCACAUCGCCGGCGCCGUCACCGCGGGCAGGCUCGCGGCGCUGGAGGGCAUCCACGUCAAGGUACUCUUCCUGUGGCUCCCCGUCGCCGAGGUGGACCGCGCCGGCGACCGCCUCAGCUUCUACGUCGGCCCCGUCUCCACGUCCUUCCCGCUGAGCUCCUUCGUCGACAGCCCGCACUGUCGCGGCUACGACGCCGUCGCCGCGGCCGUCUCGUGAAUCAUAAGCCAUUGUUUAUCAUGAUUUGAACAAGAUUCACAUGAGUAAUUGUUUCAGUUAACCUUCUGUAUCGUCGUGGAUAUCACAAUGAGCUCUCUCUAUACGAUUCCAGUUUACCAUGAGAGCCUAUCUCGAAUUUUCUUGACAUGAUAUCACAAUGACCUUAUGUUAAGCAACAAUUUAAGCACUUCUGCGAUUAAAGAACUUAAUUG